ACAGGACGCAGCGGGGCGGAGUCUGCAGCUACAAUGUACAAUGAAUUUAUGUAAUCUUGGCCUCCUCUAAAACAAAAAAUGAGGCCAUUAUAUGUUCUUUUGACAUUCGGGGCUGUGGCGAGCAGCGGAGCGCUCCUGGCGAUGGUAUUGUACUUUGUUUUGUCAACAACGUCUUCCCCAACAGAGGACUGGCAGAGAGCAACUUCUAUUUAUGAGUUCUCAGCAACAGAUAUUGAUGGCAACUUGGUUUCCCUGGAAAAAUACAGGGGGAAUGUUGUCAUCAUCACCAACGUUGCCUCUAAAUGAGGUAAAACCCCAGUAAACUACUCUCAGUUUGCGGAGAUGUACGCCAAGUACGCUGAGAGAGGUUUACGCAUCCUUGCCUUCCCUUCCAACCAGUUUGGAAACCAGGAGCCAGGCAAUGAAACUCAGAUCAAGCAGUUUGCUCAGUCCUACAACGCUCAGUUUGACAUGUUCAGUAAGAUUGAUGUGAACGGAGCCAACGCUCAUCCUCUGUGGAAGUGGAUGAAGGAGCAGCCCAACGGGAAAGGCUUCCUGGGAAAUAGUAUCAAGUGGAACUUCACUAAGUUUUUGAUCAAUAAAGAGGGGCAUGUGGUGAAGAGAUACGGACCUCUGGAUGAUCCAAGUGUGGUGGAGAAAGACCUUCCCGGGUACCUUUAAACCCAUCAUGGAUGACUCAUAGCACACUUACUGAUACACAUUUGGCCCUCCCAUCACCUUUCCCCUCCUAUCUCUGCCUCUCCAAGCACCAGUGGAUACAGGUUGUGUAUUUCCAACCCAGACCAGUGACGGUUUGCUCACAAACCCGCAUGUCGGACAGAGCAGACCUGAUGAAAAUGGCGUGCAAACCUGCUGGGAGGAUACAAAGCUUUUUUUCACUUGGUUCUCUGGAGUGAAUGAGAAAGGAUUCCUAAAUGCACCAUUAACACCUUUUAAUAGCUUAAUGUGUUCUGUAUGCCUAAUAAAAUCCAUUAAAAUA